AUGUAUGAUACUUCAAAAAUCAUUAUUGACACUAAAUUACUUGCGCCUAUUAUACGGCAAAAUGCAAUACAAUUCUUUGAAACCCAUCAACGGGAAAUAUAUGCUUUUUGGUCUUGGUUAUCUCGCAAAACUCAUCUCACGAUUAAUACAGUCCCGGGCGAUGAUGCUACGCUAGAUGCGCUGGCGGUUAUCGAUGGAGUAAUUCAAACCCAACACGACUGCGACUGGAAACUAAGACUCGCAUAUGUACAAUUGAUAAGAUUGACAACUACUCUGAAAUCUUUAAUAGUGAGAGGGUCCAGGCGUGGACGGCUGCGCAGGACGGUCGGUCAAGGAAACGCCACGAUUCUUAUAGAUAUCUAUGUUAGAGCGCAAAGGGAUUCAUUGGGUCCCCCCUCAGCCUUGCGACAAAAUGUCCAAAAACGCCUGAGGCUUGCCAGGCGCUGGGCAGAUCUCAUAGGGGGAUCAAUUUUUCUUGCCGCCGCUUACUGCAGUAAGGCAGAUGCAAUAGUGUAA